AUGGGAGAUUCAGGUAGAUACACAGACUACAUUAUCAGCACCUAUCAAAGGUUUUCUGGUUUUCCUGUAGAGGUGGAUCUGCAGGGUAACGUCCUCACAACGCUGCCGGAGGCGGUCGGAAACAUGCAGCACUUGAUCAGCAUCGAUCUCUCCAGAAACAAGCUGAGGGUUUUCCCCGAGCGCCUGACGGAUGUGAGCAGCCUCAAGCACAUCAGCGUGGAGGGGAACCAGAUCACAGAGCUGCCGAUGGAGAAGCUGUCUCUGAUGCCUGCUCUGAAGAGUGUGGAUGUGCGGUGUAACCUGCUGACGCCGGAGGCCGCGUCUGUCCCGCAUCACUUCACGCUCCUGACAUAAACACAUGGUAAAGAACAUGAGCAGCGGUGCUUCCGUUUGAUUUCCAUGCACUGGACCGCAUGAUGUGCCUCAAUAAAAUGUUUAUUCAAU